CCUAUUUAGCGUUAGGCAGCCACAAGUCAGUGUUAUCUACCUUGCGUCAUUGCAGAUAUUACUUAGCUGUAACUUUGCUCCGUGCUUUUUAAUAAGCUGUCAAGGAUGGCAGAUUGUUGUAACGUUAUAGUGUUGAAUUGAGCUAACUUGGCUAACGAUAAUUUCCAUCACAUGCAUAUUCUGCUUGAACUAGUAUGGAUGUUGAUGACUGCAAUGGCCGGUCUUACAUAUCAGCUAGUGGAGACUCUUCAAUGGAAAGAGAGUUUUCUGGGGCCCUUGGAGGUCCAACAGUGAGCACUCCAAACAGCAAGGAGACCUCUCCUAGUCGAUCCCUCAGUGCCAACUCCAUUAAAGUGGAGUUGUACAGUGAUGAAGACCCAGGUCGCAGUACUGAAGAUGAACGAGGGGAGCGGGUAGAGGAAGGAGGUUCAGAGCAGGGAUCUGAGGCUGCCGGAGGCUACAGGGAGCUCAACAAUCCUGAAACCAUGCCAACUGGAGCCACCAGGCUGCCAAAUGGAAAGCUCAAAUGUGACGUCUGUGGAAUGAUCUGCAUUGGGCCUAAUGUUCUCAUGGUGCACAAACGCAGCCAUACAGGUGAGCGACCAUUCCAGUGUAAUCAGUGUGGUGCCUCCUUUACUCAAAAGGGUAACCUGCUCCGUCACAUCAAGCUGCACUCAGGGGAGAAGCCCUUUAAAUGUCCCUUCUGCAGCUAUGCCUGUCGAAGACGAGAUGCACUUACUGGCCACCUUCGCACUCAUGCAGUGUCCUCUCCAACUGUAGGGAAGCCAUAUAAGUGCAGUUAUUGUGGCCGUAGUUACAAACAGCAGAGCACCCUGGAGGAACACCGUGAGCGUUGCCACAGCUACUUAUCAAGUUUGGAGUCACAGCAGCCAUCCAGUGCACAGAAUGCAGGAGAGGAGAUGAGAGAGCUAGAGUUUAUACCAGACUCUCUACUGCAGCCCUCCUCAGACAAGAUGGCAUUUAUCGAUCGGCUUGCCAACAGCAUCACCAAACGCAAGAGAUCCACACCACAAAAAUUUGUAGGACAGAAGCACAUACGCCUCAACCUUGGGGAUGCACCUUAUGAACUCAGUGCUGGUUUGGAUAAAGAUGGGGAGAUGUCCACUGGGGAUCUUGAAGCCCCGCACUUUACUGGUCUGGGAGGAGAAUAUACAGGCACAACAGGUAAUGGAGGAGGGGUAUCAGACACACUGAGGCCUUUACACCUUCCCACCACUCACCCUUCAUGUCUGUCGGAACUCAGGCCGAUCCACAGCUCCUCCCACACCCCUGUCGCUCUAGGCCCGAGGCUAGAUUGUACAGGGACAGGAGCUGGGCUGGGAGCUACGGGUGUAGGGGGAAGGGAGGCAGCAGAGGGUCAUGAAGACCUGCCUGUCGGUCGAAGUCAUGCACCCUCACCUAGCAAUGGUUGCCAGGACUCUACAGACACAGAGAGCAUGCCAGAUGAGCCAUGCAACAGUACUGCUCUGACCCUAACUCUGCACAGUAACAAUGGCCAUCAUCUCCUCCACUCCAACAACCAUAACCCAGUGCCUCCUCCCAUUGCACACCACAGGAGUCGGGACAGACACAGCCCCAGCCACGCCAAAGAAAGGGAGGUGGAAAGAGAGGAUGGAGGCCACUCGGCUCCCCCACCUCCUGCCCUCGCUCCAACUCCCAGCUCACCUAUAGCGCCCUCCUCCACUUCCAGGGAGGCUUUUCGGGUUGUAGACGGGGAGGGACGGGCUGUGCGCUCUUUCCGUUGUGAGCACUGCCGUGUGCUUUUCCUGGACCAUGUCAUGUUUACCAUCCACAUGGGCUGCCACGGUUUUCGCCAGCCUUUCGAGUGUAACAUCUGUGGCCACCGCAGCCAGGACCGCUAUGAAUUUUCUUCACACAUCGUCCGCGGAGAGCACAUCCUUGACUGAGGAUAAAUGGUGGACAACCUGCUUCACCUUGAGCAAUUUUUACACUGAUACAAGGACCUGGCAGGGUUUGGUCUGCACACAAGCUAAAGGGAGCACUGCUGAUGUUAAACUGAUACAAAUAUUUCAAAGAGGCACUGGUACAGUAAUUAUGUACCAGCAUUAAUGGAGACUUCAUGUGUAUGUUUCUAAAAUUAUAAUAGUGAUCCUUAUUUUUAAUGCACUUCAAACAACAAAUCUAUUUAAAAUGCACUUUUAAUUAAAUGUAUUCCAAAGGAGAUGGAGAGCCAAAUCACUUUUUCAUCCACAGAUGUGCCUUGCUCCAAAAUUCAGGAUUCAAAGCUGAUGCACAAAUUAUAGUAGACAAAUCUGACUUUUGUCCAUAACAUGAAAACUUUCUGUUCUUGUGCACUUUAACAGAAAUAACAUAAAAAAUUAAUGUGAAGUUGAUAGGCCCAUCUACAGUGGAAUCUGUAGAUUUUUAAUGCCUUGUUCUAAAAGCACUUUUUCAGUUAAAUGGUUCCCUAACAAACAUUAAGUUCUGCAAAGUUUUUUCCAAUUUGGGGCUGAUCGUGUACAAUGGAACAUUUUUUAAAAUGCGAAGUGAAGUGCAGACCAAACUCAAAAACCAGGUCCAAGUUGAAUAGAUGUGUUUGAGGAGUUGUCCAUGAAUUAGAAAUGCACUUUUGUUUUUAAUGGGGGUGUGGUUGAAAGAUCUGAGUGUGUGUGUCUGUGUCUGUCUGGGUGUGUGUGCGUGCUAGCGUGCUAGCGUGCGAGAGAGUAAGAACGUGAGAGCCCCUGUGUUUUUUGGAAGUAAAUUGAAUAAGUAAGUGAAAAGUGAAGGCCUUUAUUUGUGUGAAUGCUUAGUGGGGCUGUGUAUGAAAUGUUUGUUUUUCUUUUCUAUGACUGCUUUUGUUGCACUGAUACCUGCCAGAAUACUAUGAUUAUAUUAAACUAUUUUGUAGAAUACAUUAAUGACCUGCACAUUUAUCUCAAAUGUGAGAAACACUGAUGGAAUAUCUUUCUCACUAGGAAAGGAGUAUGAGUAUCACUGCCAAAAUUUUAGAGAUUACUGAAGAGGUUAGGGUCUUGAUAAGUCCUCAGCAUUUUCCCUUUCGUCACUCCAUCAAACCAACACUAAUCUUUUUAUGCUAUAUUUAAACAUGAUUUUAGGGUUAUCUCAUCGUAUUGUGCCUUUCUUCAUCCUGAUCACACCUUGUUGACCAGACUGAAGGACAUGAGCUACCACGUCACAUCUUGAAACCGAUCAUUUCGAGUGAUGUUAGAGAUCAUGAGUUGAAGAUGAUGAUAUAAGCACUCAAGUUGUUAUCCAGACACUGUUAAGCGUCUGGCUUAUGGCCUUGCACAAUAUCUAUUUAUCCUAUUCAGAUAUAGUUGAUUUUUAUUAAAGUGUUGGCAAAAAAACAAUUCUGCUAAUUUAUCAAAGACUAAAUGUGCAUGGCAUUUGGCACAUGCUGCUAUGACAUGAAUGAGUGCAGUGUACAGUGGCAGUUUACUACCGUCCUCACAGGUUAAAUCCAAAAAAGGUGUUUUAUUUGCUUUUUCUUUGAACACAUUUCAGUCCGCAGAGUCACCAGACGCUGGUGUGACAGUAGAGUGAAUCAGGUGUUUAUUUCACAAUCAGUUUUUGUCAGUUGUGAUUUAGAAUAAAUAUCCUGUCUCGGUAAAAAUUGUGCAGAAACAAAAUGUAUGUCAAGAGAAUUGUGUCAGUUCGAAGAACGCUGUCAGCUCGUGAUUCUGGCUAUCUGUUUACAUGUUAAAACAACAGAGAUAAUUGUUUUGGCUACCUAUCAUUAAUAUUUCACUUUACACACUUUAAGCACAAUAAGUGGUACUGUCCAGUAGGCUAAGUUGUGAAGUCUAGAUUACAGAAUUGGGCACAAAAAGUAAAGCAGUUUGCACUGACAAACGGGACAUUUUUAGAUGAGUGAUCUCCAUGUACCCCAUUAUAAAAUGACCUCAUAGAAAGUUUUGGACAGGCUGAGUUUUUCAUGUAUGCACUGUUGUCCAAAAAGGCUGGAAAAAUACUGACAGUAGUCAAAAUCAUCAGCUGACUUGAGCCCAUUAACUUUUAUGUGGUGCAGAAAAUGGCUUAUUGAACAACAUUCCCCCUCUGUUUAGCAGAACUGAUAAUUGACAUUACGCCAUAGAUGUGUAGAUCUUUUCUGCUUCAAUAAAUGUUGCUUUUCAGAAGUCUUUUACAGGCUAAUCAGGAAACCACUGAACCAUUCAAGGCUCUAAAUGGACAUUAAAGUUCAUUUUAGCGUUGGGAACCGUUCCUUGGUUCUGUCAUGUACUGAAUUUAAUCAUGUAUGGAUUCCCAGAUUUUUAAGUAGUGGUCUGAAUCUGUAGAAUCUCCAAAAUAGUGCUUUUAUGAAGAGGAAUUUUAAAAAGUACUUGGUUUUCAUAUUAUUUUUAGAACACAAUGAGCAUGGUUCUGUAUACCAACGAAUAAUGGUUCCCUCCUGACUGAGCCAAAGAACCACUACUACCUUCUGCUAAGCACUUUUCCUUAUUAGUGGCAAAAUGAAACACUAAAGUAAAUGAAUAUAUUUGUACAUACAGUCUGAAUUAUGAAAAAGCUACAAAGUAAACACCUUUUUUCUUUUCCUUGCUCCGUCAGAAAAACUUUAUAGAUGUUAAAAAAAUGGUCGUCUCCCCUUAGGUUUGCAGAUGACAUUUAGAAAAGCUAAUCGAGGGUUUCCCUUUGAAAAUAAAUAAUGUAAAUGUUUGCCUCGGUACACUUUUGUUUCAAGAAUUGUUACAUGUUCUUAAGUGGAGCUACAUUUGUUUGAGGGAUGAUUAGAAAGUUGGCUUUGGUGCACAUUGCUGUAUGAGAGAUUUUUUUUAACCAUCUAAUUUUAAAAAAAUCAGAUUAUCUUGCGUUAAUAUAAGAAUACAGACUGUUAGGUCAUGUUAGGACAGAAGUUGGUUUGUAAAUUCAACAACACAGAAUUUUGAGAUGUAGUUUUCUGCAACCUGAUCUAGAUAACAUUUAGUUCGACUUCAAUGUAAAUGAUUUGACAAGUUGUCAUUGCAAACCAUUGAAAUCAUGUCAGUUUGCAUGGGCAAAAAAGAAAUGCUUUGACCGAUCAAUUACAUUUUACACCCUGCUUUACUGUGAAUAUUCUGAUUUAGGCAACAACUUGUCUCUAAAAAAAAGCCCCAGGUGUGAUUCUUCUCCAGUAGGUGUGAUUUGUGUAGAGUAGACUUUGCUAUCGUGCCUUUGGCCUGAGGUCUUUUCUGCAUUUUUUUUCCCCCCUCAACAGUUUUAAAUCUCACAUUUUAAAUGUAAAGCUUAUUGUGUUAAUCCCAUGGUUCAACACUGCACAUUACAAAAGGCUCCACAUUGUUUUGGCCAUAUUUGAAAUUUUUUAUUCACCAACAGCUGUAGACUGAACGUAAAACCAACUGUGAUCAGUGACCCUGGCAAGAUCCAAUUUGUCAUUCUCACAACUAGAUGACCAUAAAUCCAUCAGAAUAACUUUGGUAAUGCUGGCAGCUAGGAGCCAAAGAACUAACUUCAGAUAAAAUGUGUAAACCUUCCUGUACCUCUGAACCUGCAGCCAUUAUGUUGAACUUUAAAGUGAUGAAUACUGUAGAAAAAUACUAUAUGUAAACCUGGUCCAUGACUCAGCUAAUCCCUUGUAGAACUGUAUUUUUUAAGGUCGUAAAUUCUGCAUCAAGCAGGUAUGAAUUCCAUUAUCUGAAAGCCUCUUUUCCCUUCACGAGUUGCAAGUUUGGACAGUUUUUUUUUUUUUUUAAUUCCUUUGUGCUACACCAGGCAGUAAAGUGCUUCUAAACCUGAUGCAUGCGGUACCAACGCUGUUUGCUCCUCAUCCUACACCCCAGUCACCUUUUCUGUUGUAUUCGUAAGGACAACCAAAUAAACUGUCUAUUCCAAUUCAAGACUAUACUUCAGAAAAGAAACUAACUCUAGUUUUGUGGUAUUUUGUAUUCAAAUGUUUUCGGUGUUGCACCAUAUGUUCCCUUCAGUUUUACUCUUUAACCUCCCCCCUCCUGUAAAUGGUCUGAUAUCGCUUUAAAUAACUGCAGAGCCUUUUCAAAUGUAUCAUAUAUAAUUAUGCAUUUGCGAAAUUUGAUCUCAAACUACUGUAAGUUUUGUACUGUAAGAAAGUCUAUUCCAAAUAAAAUACUUG